GGGUCUGGAAAGCGUUCUUCCAGAAAUUGGGGACCACCGUUAGCCUAACGUCAGGCUAUCACCCCGAGUCAAAUGGACAGGCAGAGCGGACUGUCCAAGAGCUCGGGAGAUAUCUUCGAGCAUAUUGUAGUGGCAGACAGCAUGAUUGGGCUCACUGGCUGCUCUGGGCAGAAUAUGCCCAAAAUUCGUUAGUCCACUCCACGACCGGCCUAACGCCGUUCCAAUGCAUACUCGGAUAUCAACCUCCGCUCUGUCCUUGGGACACCACGCCCACCGAAGUACCUAUGGUGGAUGAGUGGUUUCGGAAAGCGGAAAGAGUGUGGGAAGACGCACACACCCAAAUCUCCCGAGCAGUCUCUCGUUUCAAAAAGUUUGCCGAUAGACGACGGAGAGAAAGUCCUCCGCUCCAGCCAGUGGUCCGGGGACCCCUCGACGAGGGCACAGCAGAGCCUUCGCUCCCUGGGGCUGUGGAGAUAGAGGGCGCACCGGCAUUUAAGGUAACCAAAUUACUAGAUUCCCGGAGGAGAGGAGGUUUACUCCAAUAUUUGGUAGAAUGGGAGGGGUACGGUCCGGAGGAGAGGAGUUGGGUCCCGGCGAAGGACAUCUUGAGUCCAGAACUCAUCACUACGUUCCACCGGGAACGACCGGAUCGCCCGGCUCCCCGACCUCCGGGCCGCCCCGCUCGGCAAACGAUCCAACCUCACCCAGGAAGACGCCGGGGGCGUCCUCGCCUCCCUCGGGAGGCCGGCCCUGAGGGGGGGGGUACUGUCACAUCUGCACCUCCACAGUCCGAGGGGUUAAGAUCUGGGUCUCCGGACUACUGAGACGCAGCUCUGUCCCCCCCUAGUGUGUCUAAGUUGGUAUGUCUUCCCUUCACUAAUCAUGUUCACCUGUGUCUCUCCCCUGUGUGUCUACUUAAGCCAGCCGAACCCGGAGUAUCACGUCCGUGCACUGUUACCGUCGUGUCUGUUUUAGUGUUUGUCUCUAACCCUUCCUGUCUGCCUAUUUCCUCCUCAGGGCUGAGUCGGAGUCUGCUAGCGCGGGGUAAGGUCUGUCCUAGACAGACACGCUUUUUUCGUCAAAGUUCAAGUUCAAAAGCACCAGACAGCGGGCUAGAAAGCCCUAGCGUAUGUCUCUCGGUUAUUGGGAAGAAAUCUCCUAAAAGUCAACGUUCACCCGGCUGCAGACCCCGCCUGAGGAGGCGCGGA